GGGUUGGUGGGGCCCUCGGAAUUUUGUUGGAUCAAAAAAUUUAGACCCAACUUGGUGCUCAACUUGGUGGGCCUUUUCGAGAGACUUGCAAUUGUUGGGCUGAAAAAGGCCCAAGCAACCAAGCCCAUCUUCUAAAGCAGCAAAUUUACGAAGAAAUUUCUAGUUUUGAGUUUUUGAGGGAAGAGAGGGAGCCACUGAGAAAGAGUGUUAAGCUGCGGGAGAAGAGAAGAUUGGAAGUGAAAAACAAUAAGAUAUUGAAAUCGGAGAAGAUGCCGGUGAUGGAAAAGCUUAGAAUGUUUGUGGCUCAAGAGCCUGUUGUCGCCGCGUCCUGCCUCAUCGCCGGAAUCGGACUCUUCCUUCCAGCUGUGGUAAGGCCUAUACUAGACUCUCUUGAAACGUCGAAGCCGGUACCUCCACCACAAUUAAGCGAUGUUGUUGCCGGUAUCACCGGGAGGAAACAGGGCUGAGGCAGGAUAUGGAGCAAGGGUGGCUAGCACGUUUUGAAGGAAUGGAAAUAAUCUUUUGAAAUAUGGGAACUAGUUUUUAUUUUAAAUUGAAGCUGAAUAUGCAAGAAGCAACUUUUGCAUUAAGGAGUCUUGACUUUGAAUGUCAAUUAUGAUGGCUCAUAUAUGCUUUACUUGAUUCUGUGUAUUUUUGGGCUGCGCACAACAAUAUUGUCUUCCCCCUUUAUUCUAUUGCAUGCCCUAUAUUUUUUUUGGGGAGUGAAAUUUUCUUAAAUUGUAGCAAUUUACACGACUAUGGGAGUAGUUGAAAAACUUGUUCAAUUUGAUGUUCAA